UGAGCUCUCAGCUUCAGUCGGCGUUCAGCGGACAGACGCAGCGUCAUUACCCAUGAGACCCGGCGCUGAAGCACCUCUCAGUGAACCCCAAACACAGACAGACCCCGUCAGACAGCUGCUCCAGGACGAGCUCUUCAGACUUGUGCAGCUGCAGCAGAUCAACUUCAUGAGUCUCAUGCAGGUUGUUGGAGCGUCUUUCUCAAACCUGCCGCUGUCUCGAGCCAGCGUGCUUCAGUCCACUGCGAUACCUGCACAGCGCCAGUCUCAGCCCGUCUCUCUUACCCAGAAUGCCCAGCACACUGUGUGUGAUGAGACCAGCCUCCCAACACGAGCCACCGGACCGGAAAGGGUUAACAACACCCAGGAUUUAUGUCCUGUGAAUGUGAAUUCUGGAUCUGAUCUGAAUCCACGUAAUGAGAGGGAACAGAGAAACCCAACCCGCAAACCUCCGGAAGUCCAGCAGUUGAGCAUCCGCUCAGACUGGCCGGAGGACGGCAGGAGUUUGAUCCCGACGUCUCGGGGGCUUCUGAGCACCGCUGAUAAUCAGACGUCUCUGCCGGCGUCCUCUGAAGCUCCAGUGACACACGGACUCAGACUCCUGCAGCUGCCUCCUCCUCCCGCUCCUCCAGACCUCACUUCAUCUCAUGCAAACCUCCCCCCCGCUCAGUCUGACCCCCACUGUGUCCGGAGAGCAGCGUCAGCAUCCGCGGCUCCUCCGUCUCUCCUUCAGACGCGCCGCUGUAGCGCUCCGAUGAGUCGAGGAGCUCAGGGAGCGCUGCGUUUGCCUCCUGCUCCUGCUCUUCCUCUGCUGCGCUUUCACCCAGAUACCCAGCGGCCCGUGACGCUGCCUCACAUCCCACAAUCCACCACGGCAAAACAGCCCAGUCUAGACCACUAUCCCAGAAUUCAGCUGCUGCACAGAGAGCCGGAUCCACCCGCCGCUGUUCAGCGCUUCAGCACGGCUCCGGUACGAACAGCUCGUCUCAUCCCGCUGCAGGAGCUGUUGAGGUGGGCCACUGAGACCAAACUACAGCUCUUAAAGACCGACCCUGUCCCGGAGAACAACAGCACAAGCAGCCCAUCCAUCAAGAGGUGACGCGGCUGCAAACCACACACCUGACCGCAUGCAG